AUGGCGGCCGCGACGUUGACUUCGAAAUUGUACUCCCUGCUGUUCCGCAGGACCUCCACCUUCGCCCUCACCAUCAUCGUGGGCGUCAUGUUCUUCGAGCGCGCCUUCGAUCAAGGCGCGGACGCUAUCUACGACCACAUCAACGAGGGGGUGAGGGCCUGUGCCAUCCCUGACCUUGGACCCGCCUGAGGGGUGACAGUGGAGUAGAGAAGCUGUGGAAACACAUCAAGCACAAGUAUGAGAACAAGUAGUUCCUUGGAGGCCCCCAUCCAGGCCAGAAGGACCAGGUCCACCCAGCAGCUGUUUGCCCAGAGCUAGAGCCUCAGCUUGAAGAUGAUGCUCAAGGUACUCUUCAUGGACCACCAUUCGCUGUUGGCAAGAAACGGCUUUACUUACAAAACAGACUCUUUACCUUCUGCUGUGUUUGAAGUAUGUUUAGUCAGCAUGCUCAGGAAAUAAAUGUGAAUUGCCCUUGA